AGCCGCGUCCGGACAACAAGAUGGCGGCGGGCCUGAGGGCGGUGAGGCGCUGGGGACUGGUGGCGGCAGCACCCCGCCUUGCUUUUACUCGUUCUGCAUCUGUUGUGAAAAAAGUGAAUAAUGGCCAACCAAGCUGGCUGGGAGUUGGCAUGGCGUUUGGCACCAGUGCUGCUGUGUGGGCUUUUCUUAUCAAGGAGCAUAAUGAAGAUGUGAUGGAAUAUGAAAAAAGACAACAAAAGAGAAGACAUAAGUGUACAGGAUGUUCAUAGUUGAUGACAUGGUCACAAAGAGAUGUGCACUACAGAGCAAAGUGUACAUGGUCGUUGUCCUACAAAUAAACGAGCACAGAAGAAGUAAAAAGUUAUCUAAUUACUUGUAUGUUCAUACAUUUCAUGUGCAUAAUUAAAAAUAAAUUAUAAAGUCUGGAAGAAACCUGAAACUA